AGUCGAUUCAUUCCCUGAACGACACAUCACUCGGAGUGAAUCAGUUUUCUGGAAGUGAAAAUGUUUCUCUUUCAGCCUCGGGACCAUUUUAGAUACAUGCUUUAUUAAUCCCAGAGGGAAAUUCAAAUUUUGUUGUUGGAAAACUAAAGAAACUCCAACCCCAGGCAGAACCGGUGAGAUGAAUGAAGCCCAGCAUGGAGUGCUGAGUAAAAGCUCAAUUGCAGCUCCAGAAGUCACCAGAUUGCACCAAAAACAACCACAACACAACGCAGCGAUUUCACAUCAUUAUUUUUAUAAGAUUCCAAUAACAAUGGCCAAUUUCAAUGAACCAAAAUUACCCAGAUAACCAGGGUUCCACAUGUGACGUCAUGCAAGUUGAGCCCUGGGGCAAGGCUGCCUUUUUCUGGAAUCCGGAACCCACGAUGAGUUGAUAGUUUUGUGCUUGAUAAUAAAGACUAUAAUUAAUUUCAGCAGAAGAGAUCAGUGUCUUCAGGAAUCAGCAGUGAGUCUAUGAGCUGUGUGUCCAUACACUAAUAUUCAAAAAUGGAGAGCUGUGAUCUGGACACAGAUAAUGUGACCCCACCUUCAGAAAAGCGUGAAGUCCAGAGAAAGAGAUCAGACUCACCAGAACCCAGCUGUGUCUCCAUGAAGAGUGAUGCAUCUAUGCAUCAACCUUUCGGCUUAAGAAGUGGAGACCCCUCACCUGUACACAGUGAACUGCAGAGAAAGAGAUCAGACUCACCAGAACCCAGCUGUGUCUCCAUGAAGAGUGAUGCGUCUAUGCAUCAACCUUUCGGCUUAAAAAGUGGAAACCCCUCAUCUGUACACAGUGAACUCCAGAGAAAGAGAUCAGACUCACCAGAACCCAGCUGUAUCUCCAUGAAGAGUGAUACGUCUAUGCAUCAACCUUUUGGAUUUAAAAGUGGAAACCGCUCAUCUGUACACAGUGAACUCCAGAGAAAGAGAUCAGACUCACCAGAACCCAGCUGUGUCUCCAUGAAGAGUGAUGCGUCUAUGCAUCAACCUUUCGGCUUAAAAAGUGGAAACCGCUCAUCUGUACACAGUGAACUCCAGAGAAAGAGAUCAGAUUCUCCAGAACCCAGCUGUGUCUCCAUGAAGAGCGAUACGUCUAUGCAUCAACCUUUUGGCUUUAACAGUGGAAACCGCUCAUCUGUACACAGUGAACUCCAGAGAAAAAGAUCAGACUCUCCAGAACCCAGCUGUGUCUCCAUGAAGAGUGAUACGUCUAUGCAUCAACCUUUUGGCUUUAACAGUGGAAACCACUCAUCUGUACACAGUGAACUCCAGAGAAAGAGAUCAGACUCUCCAGAACCCAGCUGUGUCUCCAUGAAGACCGAUACGUCUAUGCAUCAACCUUUUGGCUUUAACAGUGGAAACCGCUCAUCUGUACACAGUGAACUCCAGAGAAAGAGAUCAGACUCUUCAGAACCCAGCUGUGUCUCCAUGAAGAGCGAUACGUCUAUGCAUCAACCUUUUGGCUUUAACAGUGGAAACCACUCAUCUGUACACAGUGAACUGCAGAGAAAGAGAUCAGACUCACCAGAACCCAGCUGUGUCUCCAUGAAGAGUGAUGCGUCUAUGCAUCAACCUUUCGGCUUAAAAAGUGGAAACCCCUCACCUGUACACAGUGAACUCCAGAGAAAGAGAUCAGACUCUCCAGAACCCAGCUGUGUCUCCAUGAAGAGCGAUACGUCUAUGCAUCAACCUUUUGGCUUUAACAGUGGAAACCGCUCAUCUGUACACAGUGAACUCCAGAGAAAGAGAUCAGACUCUUCAGAACCCAGCUGUGUGUCCAUGAAGAGCGAUACGUCUAUGCAUCAACCUUUUGGCUUUAAAAGUGGAAACCGCUCAUCUGUACACAGUGAUUUACAGAAGGCAGGAGACAGAAGAGAAAAGAUCUUCAUCACAGAUACAGGACACGCCCCAGAAUCUCCUGCGGGAAAUGAAUUCCAGAAAAAGUUCAGAUUAAAUCUGAUGAAGAAGUUUCAGUGUUUAAAUGGAGUGAUAAUAAAGCAGGAAAACCGAGUGCUACUGAAUGAGAUCUACACAGAGCUCUACAUCACAGAGGGAGACAGUGGAGACGUCAAUAAAGAACAUGAGGUGAGACGGAUCGAGGCAGCGUCCAGGAGAAAAACAACAGAGGAAACACCAAUCAAAUGCAACGACAUCUUUAAGCCCUUAUCUGAAGAAGACGAACCCAUCAGAACUGUAGUGACAAAGGGAGUGGCUGGUAUCGGAAAAACAGUCUCUGUGCAGAAGUUCAUUGUAGACUGGGCUGAAGGGAAAGCAAAUCAGGACGUCCCCCUCAUAUUUCCACUUCCUUUCAGAGAGCUGAAUCUGAUGAAGGACCAAAAACUGAGUCUGAUGGAGCUCCUUCAUGUCUGUUUUAAAGAAACAAAGGAAACAGAAAUGUCCAGGUUGGAAAAGGUUCUGUUCAUUUUUGAUGGAUUGGACGAGUGUCGUUUCCCUCUGGAUUUCCAGAACACAGUGAGAGAGUGUGGUGUAACUGAAUCAGCAUCAGUGGAUGUGUUGGUGAUAAACCUGAUCAAAGGGAAUCUGCUUCCCUCUGCUCUCAUCUGGAUCACCUCCCGACCAGCAGCAGCUGAUCAAAUCCCCUCUGAGUACGUCCAUCGAGUCACAGAGGUACGAGGGUUCAAUGACCCACAGAAGGAGGAGUACUUCAGGAAGAGGGUCAGUGAUCAGAUCCUGGCCGAGAACAUCAUCUCACACCUGAAGUCAUUAAGAAGCCUCUACAUCAUGUGUCACAUUCCAGUCUUCUGCUGGAUUUCAGCCGCUGUUCUCGAGAGAAUGUUGGGUGAAGCAGAGAGUGGAGAGAUCCCCAAGACUCUGACUCAAAUGUACACACACUUCCUCAUCAUUCAGACAAACAUCAUCAGGGAAAAGUACUCAAAGAAGCAGGAGAGUGAUGAAGAAAUGCUUCUCAAACUGGGAAAACUGGCUUUUCAGCAGCUGGAGAAAGGCAACCUGAUCUUCUAUGAGGAAGACCUGCGAGGGUGUGGCAUUGAUGUGACAGAAGCAGCAGUGUACUCAGGUUUGUGUACGCAGAUCUUCAGAGAGGAGGUUGGGCUUCACCAGAGUAAAGUGUACUGCUUUGUUCAUCUGAGCGUUCAGGAGCAUCUCGCAGCUCUGUAUGUGCAUCUGACCUUCAUGAAGGAAAAGAGAAAUGUUCUUGAUCAGACUCGGCCCUUUAAGACAAUUUUAGAUGUACACAGGCGUGCUGUAGAUCAGACCUUAAAAAGUCAGACUGGACAUCUGGAUCUGUUCCUCCGCUUUCUUCUGGGUCUCUCACUGGAGUCCAAUCAGAAACUCUUACAUGCCUUAGUAACACAGACAGGAAGUAGCUCCCAGAGCAAAAAGGAAACAGUUCGGUACAUUAAGGAGAAGAUCAGUGAAGAUCUUCCUGCAGAAAAAUGCAUCAAUCUGUUCCACUGUCUGAAUGAACUGGGUGACGAUUCUCUCGUGGAGGAAAUCCAACGCUACCUGAAAUCUGGAAAACAAAGUGAACUCUCUCCUUCACAGUGGUCUGCUCUGGCGUUUGUGUUACUGACUUCAGCACAGGAGCUGGAGGAGUUUGACCUGAGUAAAUAUACCAGGACAGAGAAGAUACCAGAUGAGGUUCUUGUGAAGGUGAUGCCUGUGAUUGCAGCAUCCAGAAAAGCCGUGAUCAGUUGUGAUACGAUUAAAGGGAGAAGCGCUGAAGCUCUGGUCUCAGCGCUCAACUCAGAAACCUCCAGUCUGAGAGAACUGCAUCUGACUGUGAAGACACUGGAUCUGUCUCGGAAUAAACUAGAAGACUCAGGAGUGAAGCGUCUCUGUGCUGGACUGGAGAAUCCUCACUGUAAACUGGAGACACUGGGGUUGGAGCGUUGUGGUGUCUCAGAUGAAGGCUGUGCUGCUCUGAGUUCAGCUCUGAGAUCAAACCCCUCACACCUGAGACAACUGGAUCUGUCUGAUAAUAAUCUGGGAGACUCAGGAGUGAAGCGUCUCUGUGCUGUACUGGAGAAUCCUCACUGUAAACUGGAGACACUGAGGUUGGAUGGUUGUGGUGUCUCAGAUGAAGGCUGUGCUGCUCUGAGUUCAGCUCUGAGAUCAAACCCCUCACACCUGAGAGAACUGAAUCUGUCCCGUAAUAAUAAUCUGGGAGACUCAGGAGUGAAGCGUCUCUGUGCUGUACUGGAGAAUCCUCACUGUAAACUGGAGACACUGUGGUUGCAGUAUUGUGGUGUCUCAGAUGAAGGCUGUGCUGCUCUGAGUUCAGCUCUGAGAUCAAACCCCUCACACCUGAGAGACCUGAAUCUGACUAAUAAUAAUCUGGGAGACUCAGGAGUGAAGCGUCUCUGUGCUGGACUGGAGAAUCCUCACUGUAAACUGGAGAGACUGAGGUUGUGUGGUUGUGGUGUCUCAGAUGAAGGCUGUGCUGCUCUGAGUUCAGCUCUGAGAUCAAACCCCUCACACCUGAGAGAACUGAAUCUGACUAAUAAUAAGCUGGGAGACUCAGGAGUGAAGAGUCUCUGUGCUGGACUGGAGAAUCCUCACUGUAAAGUGGAGAUACUGGGGUUGCAGUAUUGUGGUGUCUCAGAUGAAGGCUGUGCUGCUCUAAGUUCAGCUCUGAGAUCAAACUCCUCACACCUGAGAUACCUGGAUCUGACUAAUAAUAAUCUGGGAGACUCAGGAGUGAAGCGUCUCUGUGCUGUACUGGAGAAUCCUCACUGUAAAGUGGAGACACUGGGGUUGGGGUAUUGUGGCAUCUCAGAUGAAGGCUGUGCUGCUCUGAGUUCAGCUCUGAGAUCAAACCCCUCACACCUGAGAGACCUGAAUCUGUCUGGGAGUAAAAUCGGAGACUUCAGAAAGAAUCUGCUCUCUGCUCUUGAGAAUGAUAAACAUUACAAACUACAGAGACUGAUUGUGUGAUGAACAUCUGUGUGUGAUGAAGACUCUGGUGUUCCUGCAUUUCCAUGCUGGGGAACAGACAACACAUUCAUAAACACGUCAGUCAUUUAGUUCUAACAAAUGAAAGAGUCUGGAGACGUGGUCAGUGUGUGUUCAUGGUGCACAGUGAAUCAGACUGCACACAAUUCUACACUGAAUGUGGAACAUCUUGUGAGCUGCAUGAAACUGCCUGGACCUCAGUCCCUUAAAAACCCUGAAAGAGCAGGUGGAAAAGCACAGGGACUCGAGCUGAACCCAGUCAGUGGAAGAGGGAGCUGAAAUGGACAGGAACAGUUUCAGGACAUUGAGAUUCUCACCUGACAGGAUCGGCAUUUCAGGAAUUAAUCUGAGGCCCCGAGGAGACUCACCACAAGGCACAUUUAUCACUUUGUCCUUUGGUUGGUGUUUAAUGUAGUUUAGAUCUUUUUUAUUACAGGAUCAGACCAAAUCUGUUCAUAAUUUUCUCUAUCUGUCAGAGCCUUUGCUUAAGUAUACACUACUUAUAGGAUUUUUGCAGAAUUUUAUGAGUCAAAUACAUUUUGAGUGAACUAUAAAAGAUUAGAUUAGAUAGAACUUUAUUGCUCUCUUUGGGAGGGUUCCAUCAGGGAAAUUAAAAUUCCAGUAGCAUCAUUAUCGGAUAAAUAGAAUAGAAAAAAGAGAGAACAUCUAGAUAAAUUAUUUCAAAAACUUCUAGAUAAAUAAAUUAUUUACAUAUACAAAUAUAUUUAAAUAAAUAAAUAAAACAUGUAUAUAAUUUACCAGCCUUGAAAAUAUUGACCUCAGCCCAUAGGCCUCGGUCAGUAUUUUCAAGACCUUGGUCACGGUAUUUCACGAUACAGACUGACCUUAAACUGGUAAAUAAUAUUUUUUUUCUUUACCAAAUUCUAACAGAAAAUGAGAGCACCUGAAAAGGGAAACAAAGCCAAGGCGAGCCGCCAUUUUGAAUCCUCAUUCACGGCUGUCAUGCAAACGGCUUCCUCCUCAGUAUACAAGUGCACUUCCAUGGCAGGAAAAAAAAAACUACAUUUUGCUACCUAUGCAGUCCUCUAUUUAUACAAAAUUGAGUAAUUCAGAAUUCAGCCGUGUCCAGGGUUCCCACGGUCAUGGAAAUCCUGGAAAAGUCAUGGAAAUUUAAAAUGUCAUUUUCCAGGCCUGGAAAAGUCAUGGAAUUUUGUAAAUUUAGUGAAAGUUUUGGAAAAGUCAUGGAAUUUUAGUAUCUCGUUCACACAACUACAGUGUUAUUAUCAUUAGGCAGUGUUAUCAUUAUUAUUUAUGAUUAUUUAUGAAGUAUGUGCCAGCCGCUCCAGCACGAAAUUUGACUCGCGACAGGAACGUUGACUCUACGGCCCUGUCUCUGGCUGUGAGGGAGGGGGAGGGGAUGGGUUGCCUAGUAACAAAACUAAUACUGAACAAAUCUCUCUUUUGGUUUAUGUAGUAAUAAUAAUUUGUCUUAAAAACGCAAUUUAACAAUUAGACAUAUGCUGAAAUAUUAUCAUUAUAUCAAUAAUAUCAUUUAAAAAAUUGUUUAUUUGAACAUAAACAAAAACUCGUCAUGUGACGUAGGCUGUUCGUCUGCAUUUGGCGGUUUCCUUUCGAUGAGUUCGAGAGUUGCAAGAAGUGGCUAGAAAAUGCCGGGUAAAUGUUCGUUUAAUGUUGCGUGGUUAAGUAGUGAGAAGUAUAAAAAUUGGUUAGCAGCGGAUAGUGACGCCUCACGAGCAAGAUGUAAGCUAUGUAAAAGAAGUUUUGAUGUCAGCAACAUGGGAGAGGCUGCUCUCGCUAGUCAUGCAAAAGGCUUGAAGCACGUUAAGUGUGAGAGUAUGGCGAGAGAAGGCUCGCUCGAUAGUUUCUUCGGAACCCGCGGAGCACAAGGAGUGAGGCCACCAACACCUCAGUCGCAGUGUCACCAAUCGACGUUAAACUUGACACCAGCUCCAAUCGCUUUGGCAACAUCUAAUGCCGAAAUCCUGUGGGCUCUGAAGGUGGAGACAUCGCAUUACUCGUACAAUUCCUGCAGUGACAUUGGACCACUCUUCUCGAAAAUGUUUCCAGACAGUGAAAUUGCGAGGAGGUUUACAUGUGGCAGCACAAAGGUAGCCUACCUCAGCACAUUUGGCAUUGCACCUUACUUCAAAUCUCACUUAGUCCGAGAGAUAUCUAGCAGUGGUGUAGUCUACGUGAUACGCAGGUAUACGCCGUAUGCCCACUGGAAAAGCUCAACGAUUUCCGUAUACUCACUGAAGAGCUCAGUGAUUUGCGUAUGCGCAUACGCCUACCGAAAAAUAUAUUUGUUAUUUGAACUGGCCAAACCAACGUCAACAUUGUCAGAUGAAUGUUCCACAGUUCCAUUCCUAAAUGCCUGUGUCCACCAAACGCGCUUUAGCGCUACAAGCGCCUAUUCAAUUCAAAUCCUAUGGGCUUCAUUUAUUAGACGCUGACAGAGCCCGACUCAGCACUCAAGCCAUUGCGAGUUGAUCCAAGAGCAGAGAAUUGACCCUUCCGGGAGCUCCGCUCCCCAUAGCAACUGUUGCUUUGUCAGUCAAGCCAGCCGUCUGUAGACCCCUUCGCAGUAAACGUCAUUAAUAAGUAAGAGUAAAUUGCACGCGCAACCUGGACCCAAAAAAGACUCAGCGACGGUAGAGACGAGAAGAAAGAUUUGGAAGAAAUGUCUAGUUGUUGUGUUGUCGGGUGUCAGAAUCGUAGCAGUGAUGGGGUUAAAAAUGUACAGAAUUCCAGCAGGAUCUCACCCAUUCCAAAAAAAUCGCCGACGUCUAUGGCUACAAGCCAUCAAACGUGUAGACUGGGAUGAAAGUGCUAUCAAAAAUGCGCGGGUUUGCAGCGCCCACUUCAUCACAGGUAAGAUCAGGCUAUUUAUUAAAUCUUUCUUUUUUAUUCUUUCUAGUCUUCGUUUAUUGAUGUAGCAAAAUACUUUGGUAACGUUUGUCUGAUUAGCUGGGUCAUUGUUACACAAUGUAAUGAAUAUUGUUAGCAUGUUAACUUAGCUUUGCAUGCAAUUUUGUUUGUAGGAGAGGUCUCGCUUGACUCAAGCAGUCCAGAUUUUGUGCCAUCGUUAUUUGUGCAUGCCGAAAAUCACAAUUUUAAAGCAAGGAUGGAAAGGUAAAAUUGUGUGCCCUCACUCUAAAUGCCAACUUGCGUUGACUGCUCUAACCUAGCUCCCGCCCCGUUCAGUUUCAUUUCUGCUCUCUGCCUCUCGCUUUUUACGCAGCUCUGAUUUCUCUUAGCUGCACUCUUUACACUAUCAUUAUGGAUAUGUUGGAUGAUGUAGGCACAAAGUUUUUCGUGGGUGUACACUGAAGUCUUGUCAAUAAGGUACAAAUGUAUAUCUGGCCACUGUAUACCAGGGAACUUACUAACAUCAUCCGUUCACUCUUUAAUUAAAUACGGAUCCGGUAGCGAUGUCCACUUGUUAGAGUUAACUUAUUUAUGUAGCAUUCUCGAUCUUGUAACGACAAUUGUUUUGCAUAAUCUGACCGCUCAUAAUGCCGGUCUAUGGGCAGCGCCAUUGUUUGAGUCCAGGCUGCGCGCGCAUCCUAGCAACGGUCGGUUUGUUUACAAACAUGCGAAGGGGUCUAGUUGCUAAGCAACAGUGCUUAUUCAGUCAUGACAGACCACGCGGCAUUAUCUAGCAUUCAGUCAAGCUUGCGAAAUCAUGAAACGAAAACAAACGACACUAUUUCAGUGUUUUCAGAAGUGUCCUCAGCCAUCACUCUGUAACACAACCAAGGAGGCAAUGCAGACCUCAAAUGCCAGAAUAUAAAAACACCUGGAAAGUCCUGUAGACCUUUUUUGCAGGGCUUGUGGACUAACACACUGAAGGACAUUGCGUAUUUGUUAAUUAAAUUAAUUUUUUCUUCUUUGAAGCAAACAUUUGUUUUAGCACAUCUAGGAUGUUUUCUUGUUCAUUUAAGCUGAUGUGCUGAAUAGAUAAGAAAUAAGAAAUGCAUUUAAUAUGUUAAAAUAUAUUAUUGUGUGAUGUGUGUUUAAUUUACAUGUCAAUAUGUCAAAUUUUCUUGAUACAUGAAAAAUAAAAAAAACAAUGAUGGAAAAGCCCACUUAUCUCAA